AUGAUUCGGUUCUACACGACCUCUGCAAAACCUUUUCAUUCUGAUCACUAUUAUAGACUUGUCCCUUUGAUUGACUCAUGCAAAUCAAUGCAACAAAUUAAGCAGACCCAUGCCCAAUUAAUAACCACAGCUCUAAUCUCACACCCUGUUUCAGCCAACAAGCUCCUCAAGCUUGCUGCUUGCGCCUCUCUUUCGUAUGCCCACAAACUGUUUGAUCAAAUUCCUGAACCAGACUUGUUCAUUUACAACACCAUGAUCAAAGCACAUUCUUUAUCACCCCAUUCCUGCCACAACUCCCUUGUGGUGUUCCGCUCGUUAACCCGCCAUUCAGGCCUUUCCCCGAAUCGGUAUAGCUUUGUGUUUGCUUUUGGUGCCUGUGGCAAUGGGUUGGGCGUGCAGGAAGGGGAGCAGGUUCACGUUCAUGCCGUGAAAGUUGGUUUGGUGAACAAUGUGUUUGUUGUGAAUGCAUUGAUUGGAAUGUAUGGGAAGUGGAGACUAGUGGAGGAGAGCCAGAAGGUCUUUCAAUGGGCUGUGGAUAGAGACUUGUAUUCUUGGAACACCAUGAUUGCCGCCUACGUUGGAUCCGGUAAAAUGAGUCAAGCUAAGGAAUUGUUUGAUGGAAUGCAAGAGCGAGAUGUUGUGUCAUGGAGUACUAUAAUAGCUGGUUAUGUUCAGGUUGGUUGUUUCAUGGAGGCUUUGGAAUUCUUCCACAAGAUGUUGCAAAUAGGUUCCAAGCCAAAUGCAUAUACCCUUGUAAGUGCUCUUGUAGCCUGUUCAAAUCUAGUAGCCUUGGAUCAAGGAAAGUGGAUCCAUGCUUAUAUUGGGAGGGCUGAGAUUAAGAUGAAUGAGAGGCUUCUUGCUAGCAUCGUUGACAUGUAUGCAAAGUGUGGAGAGAUAGAAUCAGCAUCGAGAGUUUUCCUUGAACACAAGGUAAAGCAAAAAGUUUGGCCUUGGAAUGCCAUGAUCGGUGGGUUUGCGAUGCAUGGAAAACCCGAUGAGGCCAUAAAUGUCUUUGAACAAAUGAAGGCUGAAAAGGUUUCUCCUAAUAAAGUCACUUUCAUUGCCUUGCUGAAUGCUUGUAGUCAUGGAUAUAUGGUCGAGGAGGGAAAAUUAUAUUUCAGAUUGAUGGUUAGUGAUUAUGCAAUUGCUCCUGAAAUAGAGCAUUAUGGAUGCAUGGUAGAUCUACUUGGUCGUGCUGGUCUCUUGGAAGAGGCUGAAGACAUGAUAUCAAGUAUGCCCGUGGCCCCAGAUGUUGCAAUUUGGGGAGCACUGUUGAAUGCUUGUAGAAUUUACAAAGAUAUGGAGCGGGGAUAUCGAAUAGGCAAGAUCAUUAAAGACAUGGAUCCUAACCAUAUAGGGUGUCAUGUUCUAUUGAGUAAUAUAUAUUCUACAUCUGGGAGAUGGAAUGAAGCAAGAAUGCUGAGAGAGAAGAAUGAAAUCAGUAGUGAUAGAAAAAAGAUUCCUGGUUGCAGCUCAAUUGAAUUGAAGGGGACGUUCCAUCAAUUCCUUGUUGGAGAUCGAUCCCAUCCUCAAAGUAGGGAGAUUUAUUCAUUUUUGGAUGAGAUGACAAUCAAGUUGAAGAGUGCUGGGUAUGUACCAGAAUUAGGAGAACUUUUGCAUGAUAUUUAUGAUGAGGAAGAUAAAGAGACUGCUCUGUCUGUACACAGUGAGAAGUUGGCUAUUGCUUUUGGAUUGAUGAACACAGCACAUGGAACUCCAAUUCGCAUUGUAAAGAAUUUAAGAGUUUGCGGGGAUUGUCAUCAAGCAACAAAAUUCAUCUCCAAGGUUUACAAUCGAGUAAUUAUAGUUAGAGACAGGACAAGGUAUCACCACUUCAAAGAUGGAUUCUGUUCUUGCAAAGACUACUGGUAGAUAAGGGAAGUGCUACAUAUGUUAAAUAUGUUCAACAUUCCUCCUUCCCUUUUUGCCCAUCUUUGACACAAUGGAGCAUUUAUUUAUAUGGCAAACUCAUUCACAUGUUGAGUUGGCAAGACAGAGGUAUGAUGAGAGGCUUUUUUAGCUAGCGCAAAAAGAUAGGAUAAGUUCCUUUGAUUACAUACAAAUAAGAAAGCAAUGAUCACGGAAGGAAGAAUUCCCUUUAUGCUUAAAGGGUGCCCUCUGAGUUGUUUAUUUGCAUUGAUGAACAGUUCUGCAAUUGGCUUAUUAAAGGGUGCUCUUGCUUUUUAAUGCUUUUGUCUGAUUCUUGAAGAACGCCCUCUAUGACCGUCAAUUAUUUACAGUUGCCUGAGGUUUGUACACUUUCAUUUCUAUUAUUAUGUAGAUGUACUGAACAAUCAAUAGCUUGAUUAUGCUAAAUUGCUGUAUAGCUCUUAUUGACUAUCUUGUAUAGAUCUCAUUUUUCCAAAAACUUCUAUUCUAACUUGGAUAUGUAUCACUACCAAUAGCUUUUUCUUUGAGGUUAUUUCCUUAAACCAACAUUAUUUCAGUUUUAUCAUAUUUUUUGGGUUGUAUUGAACAACAUAAAGCAGUAGUUUUCCACAAUAUUCAUCCCUUAAUUGUCGUUUUUGAAGUUGAAGUUUUCAGGUAUUCGAGCAUGUUACAGGCUGGAGAAUGAGCAACUCAAAACUCCGGACAAAAUAGAUGUAGACGUUGGAUGCUACGUAUGGGGAUGAUUGGCUUGCUACGAUGUCUAUUUUAAGAUUGUUUCAAUAAUGUUUAAAUAUUAUACAAUGUCGAAAAUUAUAAAGGAGAAAUUAUUUAUUUAAAAUCUUG